AUGGACUAUUCAGUAACGUUUGAAGAAAAAAAUCAGAAGCAAGACCUGUCUGAUGAAGUAGAUUGGGUUUCUAUCAAAAUGUUGAUAGAGACAUUGGAAUCCUUUGAAAGCAAAAUUGGACAACAAUUAGAAUUAAAAGGGAAAUUAUCUUCAUUAUCUGAAACAGAUUAUGAAUGUUUACAAAAUGCACUGGGUGGCCAUAUAUUUGGUAUUGUUACUGAUACAGCAUCCAAGAUAUCAAAUUUUGCAUCAACUGCUCAUCAUGACAAUUCUUAUCAUGUUCAGAAGACUAGGAUGGCUUUAUACCCAUCUUUUUAUCAUAUUGCCACAUUAGAUACCUUUAUGAUAGCAGAUACAGAGCCAGAUAUAUUGAAGAAAUGGAUAUGGUGGUUUGAAUAUGAUCCAAAAUCACGCCCAGAAUUCCAUGCUAAAGCUAUUGAUGCACUCAAUAAAUCAAUCAAAUUAGACCCGGAAGCUUUUGAGACUUAUUACCAGUUGGCUCUUGAGUAUGCAAUAACUCGUGAUAUAGGUCAAGCAAUCGAAAGUGUCAAACAAGCUCUUGCUUUAGAUGGUACCAAUAUUCCAUGUUGGCACCUACUAGUAUUACUUCUUUCUUCUCAAAAAGACAUACAAGGAGCUUUGAAAGCAAGUGAAAUCGGUGCUAAAGAGUCAGACUGGGAAACAACUGAUUCAACAGUUGAUUUUAAUACAUUGGCAGCCAUUGGUAAUAAUGAUGGUGAAGAAUUUCUCUCUUUCAAAUUAACACAAAAUGUUUUACAAGAAUUAGCAAAUGGAUCUGAAACAGCAAUUCAAAAUUUUGAUAAGUUGUUUACAUUAUUUGGAAGAGUUUUUCCUGAUUAUAGUUUGGUCUCAUAUUAUGAUUCGAGUUCAAAGAAGCAUGAAAAAUAUGAAGAUACCAUUUCUUCAAAAUUACAAAUAAGUUCUAAUAGCGCAAAAAGUUUUACUAGCUCUUCUGAUAAAAAAGAGGAGUACCUUAGUAGUAGUAAUAAUAACGAUGGUUCGACAAUAUCUAGUGCAACAAACAAAGAGACAUUAGAUGUUCCCAAAACAAAUUAUGCAACAUCAAUUGCUUCUUCUUCAAAAAAUUCUGGAUCAUCUGGAGUUCGUCCUAGUCCCACACCAACUAUCACAGACUUAUGGCUCGGAUCGGCUUCGAUAUUCCGUCGCCUUGGUAAUUUAGAAGAAGCUCAAAAGGCUAUUGAGAGUGCCGAGGAAAUUGAUAAUAUGAAUCCUGAUAUUUGGUAUCAGCUUGGUCUUUUACACUUUGUUCAAGAACAAUAUGUUGAAGCAAUCAGUGCUUUUCAUAAAGCUAUGGCACUGGAUCUAAAUCAUGUUCUUAGUUUGGUAUAUUUGGCAAGAACAUAUAUAGAGACAAAAAAUAUUGAGAUUGCUGAAGGUAUACUUGAUGAUAUUACCAAAGGAAUUGGAUGGGAUUGCGCUGAAGCAUGGUUAUAUCUUGGUCAAAUAUACAAAGCUACUAAUCGUAUUAAAAGAACUAAAGAUUGUCUAUGGUAUACUUUAGAUUUAGAAGAAAGUCAACCCAUAAGAUCAUUCAAUGUUUUACCUCGAU